CCGCGAGCAACUGAAGCUGUUGUCAGACCCGUGGCUGCGCGGUUGCCGGGCAUUCUGGAGACGCGGCGGGGUGAAUUUGUGUCCCGUGGUUGCAUCUGGAGGGUCCUCAAAGCGGUGAAAAUUUUGUUCUGAAGUUUUCUGGACCCAGAAGAAAGUUUUUCUAUCCAGAACGGUGGGACUAGUUUUGUUAUAAAUAAUAUGAAAGGCUCUGAGUUUAUCCCGGAAAAGAAAAAAACACUUAAAAUACCAGCGAAGAGGCUUCGUGAGGUAGUUUCUCCAAAUCAGGGAGAUAACUUGGCUAUGCUGAAAAAUGAGUUGCCCUGUGUUCCUCCAGCGUUGUCUGCAAAUAAACGUCUUCCUGUUAGAACGGGGACUAGCUUGAAUGGAACGUUACAUGGUUCAUCAGACUUAACUUCUGUUAGAAAUUAUCACCUGCAUCCAUUAGAAAAUCCCAUCGAGUCAGAAAGUGAUUUUUCUAAAGAUGUUGCAAUGCAAGGGUUGCCUUUGGAUAAAACAGAAGAGAGCAACAGACAAAAAGCAGAUGACAUCUUUAUUUCUCAAUACACCAUGGGACAGAAAGAUGCUCUAAAAGCAGUUUUAAAGCAAAAAGCUCAAAGCAUGCCUGUUUUUAAGGAAGUAAAGGUACAGCUUUUAGAGGAUGCAAGCACAGAAAAGGACGCUGUUACUCAGGAGACUAGAACUUCACCCAGUGCUAUUGAUUCAGCUACAACUGUGGCUGCAGCAACUGCUGCCGCCAUUGCAACUGCAGCUCCACUGAUAAAAGUGCAAAGUGAUUUGGAAGCAAAAGUCAAUUCUGUUACGGAAUUACUCAGUAAGUUACAGGAGACUGAUAAACAGUUACAACGUGUUACAGAGCAGCAAACAAGCAUUCAGAAUAAACACGAGAAACUACAUUGUCAUGAUCAUGAAAAGCAAAUGAAUGUGUUUAUGGAGCAGCAUAUUAGGCAUCUUGAAAAAUUACAGCAACAACAAAUAGAUAUUCAGACUCACUUCAUUAGUGCUGCACUCAAGACUAGUAGUUUUCAGCCUGUUACUAUGCCUCCUCCUAGAGCAGUGGAAAUGUAUUCUGUGAAACCAGACUAUUCUCAUCUUGGUAGCAGUAAUCUAUCUCCACAUAGCACAUUUGCUUCCAAGCAAGCACCUUCAAGAGAGAUUGAAGAUAGGGGUUUUGAUAAACAGACAUCUCCUUUGGAGACACCAGCACCUCGCAGGUUUGCUCCUGUACCUAUUUCAAAGGAUGGUAAAAUAUCAAAGAGGGAAAAUCCUGGGGAAGAAAAAGAAAAUAUGGAGAUGUCAGGUCAUACAGGGAAUGUAAGACUAUUGGAACAAAUUUUGAAUAACCAAGAUUCUUUGACAAGAAUAAGUGAAUCUUCAGACAAAACUUCACUAACUAGGUCAAAAAUAGAAUGGAAUCCUGAGAGGAGAGAGAGCAUUGACACACUGUUCUCUCAAAAAUUUCCUUCCUGUGAUGAACCAGGAACAGCUAAAGUGACUGUGCAGAAGUCUGAUGAUGUUCUUCAUGAUCUUGGCCAAAAGAAGAAAGAAACAAAUGCCGUACUCCAGCCAAAAGAAUCUCUGAUCAUGUCGAGGCUUGCUGAUCUUUCACAGAAUUCCAUUAAGCUUCAAACAACCAGUACGAGAUCCAUAUUGAAAGAUGCUGAGAAGAUUUUGAGAGGAGUACAAAACAAUAAAAAAGUACUUGAAGAAAACCUCGAAGCUAUUGUUCGUGCAAAGGAUGGAGCUGCCAUGUAUUCGUUUAUCAACGCUCUGUCUUCCAGCAGAGAGAUGUCAGAGAAGAUUCGGAUCAGAAAGACAGUAGACGAGUGGAUUAAAAGUAUUUCUGCAGAAAUUCAGGAUGAACUGGCAAGGAAUGAUUAUGCACAAAAGAGAUUUGAUCAGAAGAAUCAAAGGACCAAGAAAACUUACAAUUUGAGUAAAGAUAUUAAAACCAAUAAGCAAGACAAAACAGUAAAUAAUUCUGUAAUUCCAAAAAAGCAUUCUCAAAAACAAAAAGAGGAGUAUUUUAGAAAUCCACCUGUGAGGAGCAUGCCUGCUUCAAGCUUACAGAAAGAGACAAAAGAAGGUUUUUUGAAAGCAACAACGGUGAUACAAGAUGAAAAUUGUAUGUUACAAAUUUAUGGAAAACCAGUUUAUCAGGGCCAUCGCAGCACUCUUAAAAAAGGACCGUAUCUCAGAUUUAAUUCCCCAUCUCCUAAGUCCAAACCACAGAGACCAAAAGUAAUAGAACGAGUUAAAGGCACUAAAGUGAAGUCAAUAAGAACACAAACUGAUUUUUAUGCAACAAAACCUAAGAAGAUAGAUUCUAAACUGAAACAUUCUGUUACUACGCUGCCUCCUGGUGAUCAGCAGUAUUUGUUCAGCCCAAGCAGAGAAAUGCCUACUCUUUCAGGUACACUGGAAGGUCAUCUGAUUCCUAUGGCAAUUCUUUUAGGACAAACCCAAAGCAAUAGUGAUUCCGUGCCACCUGCCGGAGUAAUUGUAAACAAGCCACAUCCUGUAACAGUGACUACUUCUAUUCCUCCAUCAACUCGAAAAACAGGAACUGAAGUAAAGAAACCUAACAUAGCAGUGGUAGAAAUGAAGUCAGAAAAAAAAGACCCUCCUCAGCUUACUGUACAGGUAUUACCCAGUGUAGAUAUUGACAGCAUUUCAAAUGGUAGUGCUGAUGUCAGUUCAUCCCUGCUUAGUCCCAAAGAAUCAUUUCUUCCUCCUGUCAACACCUGGAUACAGACUCCAGAAUUUACGAAGGUAGAUGAAGAAGAGGUGAAGUUUCCAGGAACUAACUUUGAUGAAGUAAUUGAUGUCAUACAGGAAGAGGAAAAAUGUGAUGAAAUUCCAGAGUACUCUGAACCAAUUCUGGAGUUUAACAGAAGUGCUAAAGUUAUUUCUACAAAGUAUAAUGGCCCUCCAUUUCCGCCAGUUGCUUCUACUUUUCAGCCCACUGCUGAUAUUCUGGAUAAAGUAAUUCAGAGAAAAGAAACGUUGGAAAAUAGCUUAAUUCAGUGGGUAGAACAAGAAAUAAUGUCAAGAAUUAUCUCUGGGCUCUUUCCAAUCCAACAACGGGCCAUAGCUAAUGUCAGUGUCUCAGCCAGUGAGGCAAGUGAACCAUUGACUUCUGACAUUGUGGAAGGAACAAGCAAUGGCGCCCUCCAGCUUUUUGUUGAUGCUGGGGUUCCUGUGAAUUCAGACGUUAUUAGUCAUUUUGUGAAUGAAGCUCUCGCUGAGACCAUUGCUGUCAUGCUGGGUGACAAAGAAGCAAAGAAGCAAGGUCCUGUUGCUACAAGUGUUUCUGGGGAUGUUUCAACAAGCGAAACGUACUUGCCGGCAAGAGUGUGUACCCCAGUGGCUACGCCACAGCCGACUCCUCCUCGCUCACCUUCAUCACCCCCGAAGGAGCUGGUGUUGAUCAAAACUCCAGAUUCUUCUCCCUGUGAUUCAGAUCGCGAUGUAGCUUUUCCUGUGAAGGAAAUAUUUGCUGAAAAAGGAAAUGACAUGCCAACUGUCACACUAGUUAAUACUCCAACAGUUACCCCUGCUACUACACCUCCUCCUGCAACAGCUCUUACCCCAACUUUGUCAGAGAUUUCCAUUGAUAAAUUGAAGAUAUCAAGCCAAGAGCUUCCCAAGCCAUGGGGUGAUGGAGACCUGCCUUUGGAAGAAGAGAAUCCUAACUCACUUCGAGAAGAACUUCACCCCAGAGCUAUUGUAAUGUCUGUGGCCAAGGAUGAAGAACCUGAGAGCAUGGCUUUCCCCGCUCAACCUGCACCUCCAAAGCCAGUUCCCUUGAUGCCGCUUCCUGCUAGCACCAAAACGCCUUCCCCCAUACAGAGGCCAAGUUCUGACUCCUCAACAAUGGGGAGCAGCUUGAGCUUUACUGUCACUGAAACUGAAACUUUAGAUAGACCCAUCUCUGAGGGAGAGAUUUUAUUUGACUGUGGUCAGAAAGUGGCUCCCAAACUUUUAGGAGAUGGACUCUAUCUGACAAACCUAAAUGAUAGCUUAUCCAGUACGCUGCAUGACGCCCAUGAAAUGGAAGAUGAUCCUCCUAGUGAAGGACAAGUGAUUAGAAUGCCCCAUAAAAAUUUUCAUGGAGAUGCAAUUCUUUCUCUUCUUGUGAAACAAAACCAGGAAUCAUUAGUUUCACAGCAAACAGUCUGUCGUUCUGAGGACUUGGAAAGCAGCGUGGGUGAACUUAGCGAAGGACAAAGGCCCAGGCUGACAGCAGCAGCCGCAGUGAACGUCUUAAUGGGACAUUCUGUCCACAUGCAGCAGCCUGUCGCUAAUGCAGAGUCUUUGGAUCAAAAACAUGCUCUGAAGCCAUUAUCUCAGCAAUUUGACAUGGUUACAGGUGGUGUUCAUGAAGAUUCAUGUGCUAGUCAUGGUCCAAUGAGCUUGGGAGAAUUGGAGUUGCAGCCAGAUUCUCAUCUUGCUCUUCCCACAAGACUUCUUACAGCACAAGCAAAGGAUGUUAAAUUAUCAGAAGCAGCUGAAGAUUAUUCUCAGGACCAACAAAAGCAAGACCAAGAUGUUAAGCAAGUCGAACACAAGCCAGCACAAAGUCGUAUAAUACGUGUAAGAAGUAAAUCUGAUAUUUCACUUUCACAGCAACAAGCUUCACCAGACGAUAUGGAUCAGACCCAAAUUGAGCCCAGUCUGUACCUUACAACUGUAUUCACAGGCGGUAAAGCAGUACCACUCUUCACUUCUCAGGCAUCACCUGCCAGGAUGUCUGUGACGUUACCCACAGUGAACCUGGAGGACGGCUCCCAGUCUCCGAGCAUCAGCAGCAUGCAGGGGGACCCAGAAUCCUCAGGAGCAGAUACCUUCUGAACGGGAAGUGAGAGCCAGUACGGUAUUGGUGCCACUGGUUUUGAGGUCAUUUUUCUCUGGUAUAAAACGAUAUCUCAGACUCUUUUGUUCUUGGAGCAUAUUCUGAAAAAUGAUUUCUAAUUCUUUAUUAAAAUGAAAAGCAUAAUUUGGGU